AUUCUAAAUUUGAUUAUUUCAAUUUUUUAUUAUAAUACCUAUCUUUGUUAAUAAUAAAUCGAAGUAAAAGUUUAAUAUGUUUCAAAUGUUAUUACAGUAAAGAUUAUGUGAAUAUGAAUGUAUUACAAAAUUGAUCGAAAAAAGAAAAAUAUAAAUAUGUGAUUGUAUUGCAUGAGGUUGCAUAGUGUUACAAGAUCAAAGACUGCAGCGGUUCAGUUGAAAAUGAUACGACGCAGCCCGACAAAACUCGAUUUACGACUAGACGAUCUGGUUGAGUACGAGACAACAAGGAAAGCUCUUGAAGCCAAGAAAGAGUCUGAGAGACAAGCAGCAUUCAAUACUCUAUCGUGGAAUGUCAAAAUGCCGCAAAUUGAAAUUCAAGAACGCAUUGGUUACAUACCACCGCAAAAUCAAGCUUCGCAUUCCCGACCUAAUAUAUAGUCCCUUGCGCCGUACAUUACACGUACCGUAUUAAAUGUUUUUUUUUAUAUCUAUUUAAUUAAAUCACGGAAGUUUAUGCAUUUAUUGCAGCUCCUAACCUCAGUAAUUCAGUAAAACGAAUAGGUCCAUACAAUUUUGCAAAUUUAUGUAUAUGUUACUAUAAGCAGAAAAACGCCUUGUUUAAUAACUUAGUAUCUGAGACCAUGAAUUUGCAUAAACAUCCGCAGCCUGAUAAAAUGUUAAUAAUGUUAAUGUAUUACCUUUGGCAAAAUGUAUUUGACCAAACUGAGCCAGUAGGUUAACAAUUUGUUAUAUAUUAUGUUUAUAAAUUUUCUUAUCACUAUUAACUGAGGCAGAAUGGAAGAAUUAUCUGUAUUAAAUUUAAAUAUUAAUUCUUAUAUUGUAAUUUGUAAUAGAAUAGUUGCAUUGAAGCUUUUUCAGUGAAGCAUCAAUGAAUAUGAAACAUUGAAUAUGAAGGGUUGGCAUUACAAACAAUAUUUUUAUCUAUUCAUAACAUACAGUAUGAAUAACUAAAAUAGCAUGAGGAGAUAUUACUUAAGUAAUGUUCAGGUAUUAAGAAAAAUUUGUGAUGGAUUCUUUAUGCCAGGUGCAUUAAUGUAAAUAAAAACAAUUUACUUGGAUCA